GCCAGUCGUCCCAGUAGUGUCAAGAUGCUUGACGGAAACAGAGGAAUGGCAAGAGGUGAUGGACAUCUCACUGGAGGCCAUAGGAGCUUUCUGAAGCCAGUGGGACACAAUACAUGGAAAGAUGAACAACCAAUCACUGUUGAUGAGGGGAGUGGAACCUCAACCCAGCACGUUAUUGUGAUAGAGUCUGUAGAUACAGAGGCUGCAGGUCCUGAAGGAUCGUCUCUGGUCAAGCAGGAGAAGACUGAAGGUGAGGAGGACCAACAGCACAGCAGAGACAUCCAGACUGGAGCGGCUGUAGCCACAGAGGACCCCACCAACGCCCCAGCACAGCCCAGGACUCGACGCAGCAUCAUGGAGGUCAGUGGAACGCUGAACUCCGUCCUCAAUUCUGAGACAGAUACCAAGACUUUAACUGUAACACACAGGCUUUUACACACAGGAUCUGACCACAGAUCAGACCCAAAGAGACUUGGGCUGUGGAAACUGGGCAGUCCUCCUGCUCCCGGCUCAGACUAUGUACCGGUAUUUCACCAGAACGAGAGGAAGGUUCAUUCCCACGAGGAUGGUGAUGGUGAUGCGUUACACACUGGCGGUGAUGAUCCGUCUUGUUCUUACGCUACAGAGAUGGACCCUGGCAACAUGCCCUUGGGUUUAGAGACACAGACUGAUCUGUCUAGAGGAGACUGGAACCAGUACAGUAGUAGUAUAUACUCUGAAGGGUGCCAAGAUAAGAAAGUGGAGGGUCUGGUUGUAGAGGAAGUGACUGUGAAAGUGGAGGGCGACAUUUCUCCCACAUGGAAUGCAGAUAGUCACUUAGGAGACGGACACUCACAGGGAAGAUAUUUCUUAGAUUACAGGGAAAGCUUAGAGAAAAAUCCAAAUGUCGCAACCCACUCGCCUUCAUACGCGUUCGGGGACCGUGACCCAGUGUCCACGUCGAUGGGGCCUUCCGAUUCACACAGCCGCAUCCUUUUCGAUCAGGUAUUGCACUCAAACGACAGUGCUAGAGCCCAGGCUCAGGGAGGGGGAGAAACAUCAGGCAAUAGUAAAGAGAAACGGUUCCUCUGCAUGUUCUGUAACAAAGGCUUCAGCAGCCCUCAGAGUGUGGAGAUCCACCAGAGGGUCCACAGAGGGGUUAAACCCUUCAGCUGUACCCAGUGUCACAUGCGCUUCAGCCAAUCUAGUGACCUGAAGAGGCACCAGAGGGUCCACAGAGGGGUGAAACCCUUCAGCUGUACCCAGUGUUUAAUGCGCUUCACCCAGUCUAGUGACCUGAAGAGGCAUCAGAGGGUCCAUACAGGGGAGAAACCCUUCAGCUGCCCCCAGUGUGACAUGCGCUUCACCCAGGCUGGCAGCCUGAAGAGGCACCUGAAGGUCCACACAGGAGAAAGGCCGUUCGCCUGUCCGCACUGCGGGAAGAGGUUCUCAGAGAGGAGAUACCUCAGGAUACACCAGCAGAAAAACCAUUCCACUCUAUAAACUAGAAACCAUUCCAUGUUAUAGCGUAUUACGUUUAGAUCAAACCCUGCGUUGUUGUCAGCAGAAAAGAUCCACAGAUGCAUUUGGAGUAGCGAAAGUAACACAUUUCAGUGUUGAAUAUUCCUGUUUUGAAUAUUUAAUCUGACAACUUGAAUGAAAAAUUUGUGAGGAUGGUAGCGGCCUAUAUUGCCACUCCUAUUUGCUAUCUCUUCAGUAUAAGCCUACAGCCUACAAGCCACUCAGGCCUGGAGGGAAGCAAAAGUCAUUCUGCUACCCAAGAAUAUCAAAGCACCCUUUACAAACUCAAACAGCCAACCAAUCAACCUGCUACCAACCCUUAGUAAACUUCUUGAAAGAAAAAUGGUGUUUUACCAGAUACAAUGCUAUUUCACAAUAAACAUAUUAACAACUGACUUUCAGCCUGCUUAUAGGGAAGAGCACUCAACAUGUACGGGACAUACACAAUGAUGAUUGGCUGGAAGAAAUUGAUAAUAAGAAGCUUAUGGGAGAUGUUUUGUUAGACUUCGGUGCAGCUUUUGACAUUAUCGAUCAUAAUUUGCUGCUGGAAAAAUGCAUGUUGUGUCUUUACGUGCCCAUUUUUACCACAUUCUUGCCAGCAUACGCCUUUUAUACCUCCUAUGCGCAUGCCAGAAUGCAGGUGACGAGUGACAGUAGUGGUGUGCAGAUGCUGGUGGGCGUUUAUUUGAAUAAAUCCAUUGAAUAUACACUUUCAAAAAUAUAUACUUUAUUUUUUUUGUCAGGCAGGUCCUAAGAAACAUAAGACUAAUAAUGUAUUUUCAAUGGGAUAGAAUAGGCCUAGCAUAGAGUUUAAUGAUGUUACGUACAAAUGAAUUAAGUCAAUAGUUCAUUAUUUUGUUCAUUAAACCCACGACACACACCUACCCCAUUCAGUCAACACGCUUGUAUUUUAUAGUAAGAAUAAAUAAAUAAAAUACAAAUAAUAUUUUUCUAACACAACCACUGUCAUAUAAAAAAGUGGUAUUCUGAAAUAGAAGCACGUGCUUUUUUUGAUCCUUUUUUGAUCCACAUUUCAUCUAUUUCCUACCCUCACUCCACUUUGUUAGGGAGCAGAAAAUAAGAGUUGAGUUCAUAUUUCACAAUCUCCGCAGGCUUUUGGAGUUGCCUUUACGCGAUCGAGCAAAAUAGUAGGUCUACGCUUGCUACAUUAUAGCAUUCAAUAUGUCUCUGAUUUGCUCAGCCAGAAACCAAUUAACCAAAUAGCCUGAGACAAAUCCGUGAAGUCGGGAUUAGGCGUAGGCUACUAAGCAACUGCGAGUGAAGGGCAAAAUAAUCCACUUGUUAAACUGCAUUGGCCUAUAUUACAUGCUGACACAAUGUUCUAACAAAUGAGCCAACUAUACAACAUGAUCAUGAGCAGCACUCACCUCAAUUUAGCUAACAUUUCCCCGGGUGACAUCAAUAAGGGACCAUAACUUUCACCUGGUCAGUCUAUGCCAUAGACAGAGCAGGUGUUCCUAAAGUUUUGUACACUAUGUAUAAGCCACUUAAGCCUAAAAAGUCUGUCAUAUAUUGUAUUUGUACGGUGUAGGCUAUAUGAUGUUCGCAAAUGCCUGUUUCAUUACUUUACUUCAACUACUUUGUUUGUCCCCAAGACGCUUUCAAUUAGAAAAUGAAUGCAGUUCAUGUGUAUGUGUGGUUUUCAUAUGAUUUAUUUAAAACUUGUUUAAUAAACACAAUGUGACUUUUCA